CCUCCUAUCGGACUGGACAAACAAUUGCAGAAUAUUAAUAACUUUCAAAAUAGUAUAUAUUACGAUACAAUUAGAGAGUACAUUCUUCGAGUGUGAAUAUUAUAGUAGAAUAUCCCGUCAAAAAUGUUUUACUUGAAAUCAUUGGAAUACAACCUACUUCAGACAAUUUUUUACUAACAAUUGAUCAUGGCGCCAUCUCCGUCAUGUAAUAAUACUAAGUUUAUCAUGCUCUCCAAUUUUUUUUUGUUGAAACAUUCCGGAUUCUCCGCAUAAUGCUUCAGAAUUUGCGAUCAUGUGGGGCGAAGCCGACCGGCAUUUCUCGGGUGGUGGCCGCGAGGAAGGAUAUGGUUAAUAGUUCUAAAAAUGAGGCCCUAUUUCGAAUAUCCAGGAGGUAUCCCACGGUAUCGAGUGAGAUGCAGAUGUAUCAUCACUCAUUGUACGUACAAUCGAUUCGAUUGUAUUCAAAUCAAGCAAGGAGGCCCAACUUCUUUUCGCAGUUUGUAGAAAAUAUAAAACAAGAAGUUCAGAAGAAUAAAGAGAUGAAGGAGUCGUUAAAAAAAUUUCGGGAGGAGGCAGAAAAGCUGGAGCAGUCGGAGGCUUUGAAAUCAGCUCGUCAAAAAUUUCAGUCAGUGGAGUCUGAGGCAUCGAAGAGCUCGGAAUUAUUAAAAGGGAAGCUGGAGGGAUUGAAGGAGAAGGUGCAGGGAGUCAUCGACGAGGCAGGAAAAACGGAGCUGGGUAAAAAGGCUGGGCAAUUGGGUGAGGAGAUUUCAAAAUCUGCGAAGGGGGCUGCUGAGACUUUAUCAGAAAAAAGUCAGGCAUUUGGGAUGACCAAUGCCUUUCAGACUAUAUCACAGACAGCAGAAGUCGUUAGGAAAGAAUUAGACAAUCAUGGGAUUCAAGGACGAGUUUAUGUACCUUUGACUAAAUUGAGAAAACGAAAGGAGAUAUUAGAGAGUGAAGAGAAAACGGUUGAGGCUAAUACAGAGGCGACCGGUGUUGAGUUGCAUAAAGACUCCAAGUUCUACCAAUCUUGGCAGAAUUUCAAGGAUCAUAAUCCUUAUGUUAACAAAGUCCUCGACUGGAAGAUAAAAUACGAAGAAUCUGAUAAUUCGCUGAUCAGAGCAUCACGACUACUUACUGAUAAAGUGACAGACAUAAUGGGGGGCCUUUUUCAAAAAACCGAGCUCUCAGAAACUCUUACAGAAAUCUGCAAACUGGAUCCUAGCUUCGAUAAAGUUAAAUUCCUUAAAGAUUGUGAAAUUGACAUCAUCCCCAAUAUCUUGGAGGCGAUGAUUAGAGGAGACUUGGAAAUUCUCAAAGACUGGUGUCACGAGGCGCCUUACAAUCUCAUUGCACAACCACUGACACAAGCCAAGAAGUUGGGAUUUUUUUUGGAUAAUAAAAUAUUAGAUAUUGACAAUGUCGAUUUAGUCAUGGGUAAAGUAAUGGAACAGGGUCCAGUUCUCGUAAUUAGUUUUCAAUCUCAACAAAUAAUGUGUGUGAGGGACUCGAAGAAAAAAGUGGUCGAGGGUGAUCCCGAUAAAGUGAUGAGGGUCAACUAUGUUUGGGUAAUGUGUCGUGAUCCUAGUGAAUUGAAUCCAAAAUCGGCCUGGCGUUUGUUAGAACUAAGUGCCAGCAGUUCUGAGCAGUUUGUCUAGCACAGGAGAUACCAUAGACAAAUCGUUUUAAAUUUCAAACCAGGAGUGUUGUAUCAAUACUACUUUGUAAAUUAUUGAUCUAUACGUAGUGGACCAAGGGGAACACUAUAUAUCUCACAGGAUAACUCGAAUAAAUAAAUUCAGAACAAAAGCGUCAAUGAUAACAUCUCUUCUAACUUCAGGGAUAGCUUUCGAUUUGAUGUACUAAAUGUAUCUAUUUUUGUUACUGAAUUAAUGGAUUUGGCUUAUCCUCGACGUUAAGAAAAAGAUAGCGAAGACAAAGAGGAGGCGAAUUUAAAUUUAAUAAAUUA